AUCACUGGAUCCCAAACACCUUUAGUUUCAUGUGUUUUAAGAGCCGAGAGAGCCAAAGCCAUGGAUCUCGACAUGGAUGGUUGAUUUAACGUUGCCAGCACUGGAACUCCCCUGGGAGUUGCCACCCCCUCCGGAAGCUCCUCCAGGAGUCAGUUUCAAUGUUGCUACUGCUUCAGGUCAAUCUCAAUUCACGAGUUCUCAGAGCAACCCUUUCCAAGAGGAUUUAGAACCCUUGACGUUGGACGUUCCACCACCAAAACCGCCACCUGCCUUGACUUCAGAAAGGUGUGCAGGCCAGGACUGCGAAAGGUUUCGCCCAUGCAGUACAAUUUGGCAAGGAGUCAGAGAGAAGGACAAGGACAGGAAAAAACAAUCUCCAAGUAGUGAAGGGAGACAGAAUCAAACAUCGCACACGGAGGGGGUGGAGAGGGUGGGCAAUCUGGAAGGCGUCCAUGUUUCAGUGAUGCCCACAACCGAAUUUGAAAGAGUCGAUAGUUGGCCUCCAAGGCCAUCCCUGGCCAAAAUGGAGGAUGUUGUUUUCCACGAUUGGCAACUACAGGCAAAAGAGGCUUUGAUCAACGAGACACUUGAUGAUAUCACGUUUGUUCAAGAAAGUUUCGAAGCUGCUGAAAAGGAUUUAGAGUGGCGCAAAGCAACAACCGCUUCAAAACGACAGCAAAUAGAAACUCGCCAAGCUGAGCUGUCUGUGUUCCAGAAAAGGGUAAUGCAGCAGGAACAGGAAGUUGUGGCAGAUGAAGAGCAGCUUCUUUGUCGAGAAGCGCAGCUAGACUCAGAUGCGCAACACCUGAAGAGGUGUGAGAAUGCCUUGAAGGUAGAAGCGAAACGGGUGCAGCAGCGACGAGAAGAUUUGUCUCACAGUGAGCCCAUGUUGCGUAAAAAAGAAGAAGAGUUGGCCAAAAUGCAAGAGGAGUUGAGUAUACUUGAGAAAGAAGUCUUCGAAGCGGAGCAGGACAUUCAACAUCGAAGCGCGGACAUCGCUGCAGCUGAGGCACAGCUCAGGCGUCGCAGGGCAGAACUCAGCUCACGGCAGGCCGAGGUUUCAGAGGACAGACGAGCGUUGCAAACCAGACAGGCUGAAAUUCAGCAAGUUGUGCAAGCGACUCCAGCUCCUCCAGCUCCGGCUCAAGCACAGUCAAGCAUGCCCGUUCAGCAAGCCAAUUUGAUGCCUCACGAAGCUGCCAGGACACACUACCAGGCGGAAGCAGUUCAGAUACCAGCCCCAUGCGUUCAAAUGCCAUCCGCAUCUUUGCAACCACCCGUGCAGGCUCCAUUCAUAGCACCCGUGGCACCGCCGAUUCCAAUGCCCAUGCCCAUGCCAGCUCCUGCUGUGGACCCGGUCCAGCAAAACUUGGCAUUGCAACUACAGCAAACUCAGCAGAUGUUGCAGAUGCAACAAAUGCAACAGCUGCAGCAUUUCCUAAAGGGAGGUUCGGGCUCAGAUGAAGAAAGCAAAGGAAAAAGCAAAGAAACCCAAGAAAUGAUGCAGCGCCACAGCAAGUUGCAGGCGUUAGAGGAAAGCUUGGUUGCGAGGCUACAGAUUUUGGAGAAGCAAGAAGCUUCAUUGAAUGCUGUCAUGGGUGCCGCUGCUCAAGCUGCCAAGGAGACGCAAGAAGCCACUGCUGCCAUUGUGAGCCAAAGCACGCAGGCAGCAAAGGACACAGCGGCUGCCAUGAUGGCUCAAAGCUCUGAGACAUUGAAGCUUGCCAUGCGCGAUAUGACCGAAUCCCUUGCUGCCAGGGAGCAAGAAGCACUUGAUGCUAUGAAGGUCAAGAGGCGGCCGAAAAAUCAGGUCCCUCUCAAGCCCAAGCCGCCUCAGGCCCAACAGCAGCAUAUGUUGGAUGCCAAAAGUGAAGCCUUGGCAGCUGUAGUUGAUUCACUGGAGCACAACGACGACAUUGGCUCCUCGCUGGGUAGGAAGCAUGAAGAGCAGCAAAGCGCCCAAGAAGACGAAGGCACAAACAUUGAAGAGCCUAAGAAUGAUCCACAAGAUCUCAAAUCGGAUGCAAGCCAACCAAUGGACCCAAGUGGCAGUCCCUUGGGCACACCUGCAGACAGAAGCGUCAAGUUUUGUCAGAGCGAUAUUGAGGAAGAACAAGCGGGGGAAGGGGCCAGCAAACCCCAAGUGCAAGGUGGUGGGAAUGUUGGAGUUCCACCGGUAAAAGGGUCAGCUUUGCAAGAGAUGAGAAAUGCUGCAAGGACCGCAGCAAGGACUGCCUGUUUGGAAUCUACUCACGGGGCAGAAAGGUGUUCCAUCCCCACUCGCAAAGCUGCACUCCGCCCAGGCUGGGGUGGAGAAGAUGCCGAAGCAGUCGCACGUGCUGCUGCCCUUGUCCGCGGAGAGCCCUUUACAGUUGAAAGUGGUGAGUAUUGGCAAGCAGGAGACGAUGCAAUGUCGCUCGACGAAGACGAAGACAAUGUCACAAGCACAGGGCAUGCCGGACCAGUUACGUCAACCCAGUACGGUGGGGAAGAAGUGGAAGGAAUGUCCACAGAAGGAGAAGAAUCUGAAGUCAGCGAAGGAAUGGAGUUGCAUGAGCAGUUGCAUGAGCUAAGCAUUACCCGGAGUAGCGUUGUGGAGCAGUCUCAUCGCGAGGUUCAUAGGGGCAAGAGAAAUGAUCAAGCAUUUCACCAGACCUCGGCCAGCCCGAGUCAUGCAUGGGAAAUUGAUUUGAGUGAUUGGCCACGAAUGCCAUCCCAGAAGCUGAAAGGUGCUUCCAUGGCAGAAGCUGGCAGAAGAAGAAUGCAAAUUGCACAGAAGGCCGCAGCGCGCUCUGUGGAAUCCCCACGGGUAAAGAAGGUACAGGCUCCUGUCCUGACUGCAACGGCGAAGGCCAAAAGCUGCUCUAUAAAGUCUAGUGAAGGCAGAGCCAGCAAAGGCCUUAAAGGGAAGUUGCCUGUGAGGGCUGGGAGAGCAGAAGCAUGGGAAAUCGAUGCUACAGAACUAACCGGAAGGAAGGUCACUUCCAAAGCAUCAAAGACAUCACUGGGAACCCAGGACAAAGCCGACACAGUGGUGCAAAGCAACCAGAGCAGUCAGCGAUUGGGAUCCCUGAGCUCAGAGAUGAGAAGGAGCUCAAAGCAAUCUUUCCUGACGAUGUUGAAUUGCAACUUACAAGAGUCCGUUUAUUACAACUGGUUGAGACUCGUAGAGCCAGAAAAGGUCAACGAGUCUUGAUCUUGACUCAGCCCUUUUGCAAGGGCGUCACGACAAAGCGGACCUACAGCAGAGCGGCGUGCAAGCGGGUCAAGUGCCAGGAGUUCAAGGCUGCACUUGUGUGACGCUGCUGCUGAUCCAGAUGGCUGAAC